UUCUUUUUUUCUGUGCAUUUUUUUAUAUCUUUCGUUUGCUGCUUCUCGUUCUACGCGUACCUGCCUGCAUACCGAUGCUCCGGAGCGCGGCGUCGCCCGUCGCGAAAAUGCCGCAGCCGAUGUUGCCGCUGCGUAAUUGCUAAAAGUUUUCGUGUGUCAGGCAGCGACAACCUGGUCGUCGAUUCGCCUUCGCUUCCAGCUACACCGUCUCAUCGGCCCGAGUCGACCUCGUCGAGCGGAUUGUCCGACAUCGCAAGGGGCCGUUCGGUGCGGGCCAGUUUCCGUGUGUGCGUGCUGCUUGCUGCUGUGCCGUUGUUUCUCAACCGUUUGUCGUCGCUGACAUCACCCUGUUGAAGAAGCUAAACGUGCCCAGCGGACAGCAAAAAGGAGUACCAGCCCCGUUCUGAAGUGUGCGCCGAAACGUCGUCGUUCGCCGAUGCACCUGUCCGGCGGCGGCGAGCCGACAUUGUGUGCUAUCAUCGCCCGAAGAAUUCCCGGCCUAGGCUGGCUCUAGGCAAGCGACGCACCACAGAUGCCAGUUGAAUGGCAGCCAUGCCAGGGGUGAUGAAAGUGGACAGUUGGGAGGACAGACAUUCUGUGAGCAGUGAUUACGACAACUAUUUGGUGCACAAGGACCGAGCCGACCUAGACAUGAGGAGCUCAAGGUCGGCAUACUCCAAUGGCUACAGCUCCGCUGACCAGCACAGUGACUUUGGAGCUGAGGAGGCACCUUCGUACUUCCUUGAACACUUGGCCACCUUCUCUGUUGGGCAGCAGUAUGCCCUGGAGACCCCAAAGGAUGGGUUGCGGAAGUUAUUUCAGAUGGAAAAGUCCAAGGGCAUCUGGACGCAGAAGAUGAAGAUGAAGCUGGAUCGGAAGUGGGUCAUUAUCAUCGACUGUGAGAAUGGGGAUGUGGUGGAGCGCUUUCCCAUGAGCCUGAUCAGCGACCCGACAGCUUUCACAUCAGACGACCCACGGGAGCUGUACAACAACAUCCUGGUAUUUGUGGUCCAGGAUGACCCCACCUCCUCCAGCCAGCAAGAGCACGCCGAGAUGCAUAUCUUCCAAUGUGUCCGCAUCUCGGCUAAGGAAGUGGUGGACGACAUCAAGGCCUUCAUAAUGGGAAAGAGCCGAGGAAGGCGCAGCAGUCAUGACCGAGGGUCAGGCCUGCCACCACCACCGAAUGUGGCGGCGCCCGAGCCCCCCGUCAACGGUGGCGGCAUCAACGUGCGCGAGCAAGUGAGCAUCUUCAAUGCAGCUGCCGUGUCACAGGGGUCUCCACCGCCGCCUUCGCAUGGUCCCAUGCUCCGUGGGGGACCACCAUCUCACGACAAGAUAGACGCACACCACGCACGAGGGGCUGGCUACGCGCGCGAAUCGAAUGACGAGACCAGCUCGACAACGAGCGAGAAGUAUGAACGUGACGUGGCCAUCCUUAACCACUGCUUUGACGACAUCGAACGGUUCAUCGCCCGACUCCAGCAUGCUGCUGCGGCCUACCGCGAACUCGAACGUCGCCGCAAGUCACGCAAGAACAAAAAGAAGGAUCUCGGAGAUGGAAUGCUGAGCAUGCGUGCCAAGCCACCACCAGAUCGCGAAUUUGUCGACAUCCUGCAGAAGUUCAAACUGUCCUUCAACCUUCUGGCCAAGCUGAAGAACCACAUCCACGAGCCAAACUCCCCUGAACUGGUCCACUUCCUUUUUACUCCUCUUGCGGUUAUUGUGGACGCAGCUCGAGAUUGUGGCCGUCCCGGCACAGGUGCUAGCCUGGCAGCACGUGUUGUUAGUCCCCUGCUGACACGAGAUGCCCUUGAGCUGCUGGCCAACUGCUGCACGUCCAAGGAGAGUGACCUCUGGCACAGCCUGGGCGAUGCUUGGGUGGUUCCACGAGACAUGUGGAAAGGCUAUGAGUCAGAGAGCUACCAGCCAGUCUUCUCGGAUGGAUGGGCGCCCGACUGUAGUGGAUCUGAUGACCAGGCACCACCACCCUCACAGCCACCUCGUAUGCGUCGACAGUCACAAGAGGAGGUUGAACUUCGCGAUGUUCCUGACUACCAUGCCCAUCGUGGAAACGUCGUGUCAUCACAACAUGACAUAGACAGCCGCUAUGGUGGCAGCGACUAUCUCAGUGAACGCGUGGCACCACUGCAGGCAUCGCCUUACGAUCGGGGCUUCUCACCACGCGAUCACAUGGAAAGGCCUGGUACACAGACUCCGUCAGAGUCGGACAUUCAUGACCCACGGGACCAACGCUCAGAGCUCAGUGUGGACUCUAUGGAAGCUGGAGGAGGCGAUCCACAGAGGCAAUGGCGUGCAUGGGCAGAGGCCCUCCGUGACCAGGGAGCCAAGAUUGUACAAGUGGUGUACCCCCGAACUGCCAACAACGACAAGGAGCUAACCGUUGUGCGGGGAGAAUUCCUUGAGAUUCUUGAUGACAGCCGCAAGUGGUGGAAGACUCGCAACAUCCGAGGCCAGGUUGGCCAUGUGCCACACACGAUCGUGACGCCAUACCAUCUUGACGACUCCGGCAGUGUUGGAUAUGAGCGCUCUUCAAGUCGCGAGAACUACGACCGCUCUCCUUACCCGCCUGGUGGCGCAUUUGCUGACAUGGGCCUUGAGGGUGAUUCUUCGCCACCUCAUGACCUUGGGGGUGAUUCGAUGAGUUCAUCGGGGCUUGGCAUGGGAAGUCCGCGUGGAGGCGGACCUCGCCAACCACCCGCUCCGGCCGACUGGGUCCGUCGCGAGCGACAGGGGAAGAAAGAGACUUAUGAUGAAAAUGAUCCCUAUGGGUACGUGGAAAGGAACAUCCCUCCUGCACCACCGAUGCCACCACCUGAACCUCCACUGCGUUCUUCACGUGCUCCAAGUGUUGUUGAUGAUGGUGCUUCUGACCACUACCGACCACCAUCGCGCCGGUCCAACCUGAGACAUGCAAGCAGCAAUGAACAGGAUGUGGAAAUGAGAAGCCGACACGAUGCCAUGCCAAUACACUCAGGCCAGCACGACUCAAUGCACGAGUUAAGUCGGCGUGAGUUCGACAGGCAAGCGUCUGAUUGGCAGGAAGUGGCUCACCGUUCCAGCCACUUCGAUGAUGAAACAUUGCCCCCACCUCCAAUCCAAAAAGAGGAUCUCCUCCCAUUGCCAACUCGCCAUUCGGGUCAAUAUGACAUCGAAUUCCACAUGAGAGGUUCUGAACCUCGCUCAGCACGCAGUUCAAGCAAUUUCGACUCGUUGACACCGACUCCACCGCCGCCACCACAGGCAGUCAGUGCUGAAUACUAUGGUUCGGGAAGUUCUGACAUGGCACGAAAUCAGUAUGAUGACCCCAAUACAAGACACCAUUCGAGUUCGAGUCGACAUGAUGCUCCCACAACACAACUGCCACCACCUCUAGCACUUGCAGAGUCAUCACCAUCAGUGCCCUCGGAGGCACCACGUCAACACACGAGUGCUAGUUCUGCACGACCUACUACUAAGCCAGCUCAGCGUGAAGACACUUUCGAUGAAGAACUUAAACUUCGCGUGUCUCUUGGUCCCAAGGCUGGCAAAAAAUGGGGUAGGGCAACAGCAGUUGCUGCACGUGCUGCCUACAUCACACCAGAGUCUACGGUUGAGGAAGUACAGGCCUGGCUUACCGCAAAAGACUUCAGUGACAGGGUGAAAGGACUCUGCAAGGAGCUGACAGGCGAGCACAUGUUUGCACUCACCAAGGAGCGACUGGAGGAAGUGCUUGCAGCCACAGAAGCCGCCCGCCUAUUAAGCCACCUCACUGUGCAGAAGAACCUGUGUGGAUACAAGCCCAGCGGCAAGGACCAGCUGAGUGAGAUCCUCCAGAUGCGGCGCAAUCGUGUGGACGCUGGCAUGCCAGCAUUUGAGGACACACCCAGAAGCCCCACUACCACAGUGGUUGUCUUGCAGAAACAGCACAGUGCAACCAGCGACUCUAAGGUCCCCACCACUGCCAGCAUCGAGACAGCAGCUAUGGCUACUAUGACCACCACUCAGUGAUGGUAAAGAAAAAGUAUCCAAACUCUGGAGCAGCAGCAUCCUCAACCGUCCAUCUACCUUUAUCCUGAAGGCAUCCUACACACAUUCCAAGAUGACACCGUCCACAUUUACUCAAGUCCAUACCACAUGUCAAAAUAUGGGCCAUUAUGUUUCCAGGAACACUGUUUCUAUGGGAAUGAUAUUGCGAGAAAUGUUGGCCAGUGUGAAAAUGUGAAACAUUAUUGCUUACAGCAGCAAUGCUAGUCUUUCAGGUGUAGAUAAAAUUUAGGGAGCAUGUCAUGCACCGUGCAGCAUGAGAAAGGCAACAGUGAAUGUUGUCUAUUCAUCUUAUUUUGUUGAGAGAGAGCACAUACAGCAAAUAAAUAUUUUUGAAAGUAUUGCA